GACAACGAAGAGCUUAGCUUAGCCCCACUUAUUAAUUGGCCUAUUGUAAAAUAUCCAGUUGGACUCCUAAAGAGACUAGAGAGAGAGAAAGAACAGAGACGACGAGAGCUUUUAUCGACCACGAAGCAAAAGACUAUUCGUGGAAGAGACUGACUCACUUGUGGUGGAGAGAGAGAGAGAGAGAUCAUAUCCCCCCAAUGUCUCUUCACCGUCUUCUUCCUCACGACACGUUCUCCUCCUCUCUUGGCUCACUGUCUCAAGUUGGAAGUUCUAAAGCAUCAGUGGCAUUACUCAAUGCCGUCAAAUCUUUUCCUACAUUUGGAGAUAUCAUCGCUCGAAUUGGACUAUGGUGGGAGCAAAUAAGAGCUGUUGUUGUUGUACCUGUCUUCAAGUUCCUGGUGGCUAUUUGCUUGAUCAUGUCUGUCAUGCUCUUUGUUGAGGUUAUGUACAUGGGCAUUGUUGUGCUGUAUGUCAAGUUGUUCAAGAGAAAACCUGAGAAGGUUUACAAAUGGGAAGCUAUGGAGGAUGAUGUUGAGUGUGGUAGUGAUAGUUACCCUAUGGUUCUUGUGCAAAUGCCUAUGUACAAUGAAAAAGAGGUUUGUGAGCAAUCAAUUGCAGCUGCUUGCAAAAUCUCGUGGCCAUCGAAUCGUAUGAUAAUUCAAGUGCUUGAUGAUUCUACAGAUCCAGCCAGUAAGGAAUUGGUGAAAAAGGAGUGUGAGAGAUGGUCUAAAGAAGGCGUCAACAUAACGUUUGAGAUUAGGGACAACAGGAACGGAUACAAAGCUGGUGCUCUGAGAGAAGGAAUGAAGCAUAGCUAUGUGAAGCAGUGUGACUAUGUUGCUAUCUUUGAUGCUGAUUUCCAGCCUGAUCCUGACUUCCUCCUCCGCACUGUUCCUUUCUUAAUUCACAAUCCCAAGUUAGCACUUGUACAAGGCCGGUGGGAGUUUGUGAAUGCGGAUCAAUGUAUGAUGACGAGAUUGCAGGAGAUGUCUCUAAGUUACCACUUUACAGUAGAGCAGCAAGUUGGAUCUUCAACAUUUGCUUUCUUUGGGUUCAACGGAACAGCUGGCGUCUGGAGAAUCUCAGCGCUGAUUGAGUCAGGGGGAUGGAAUGACCAGACAACAGUAGAAGACAUGGACUUAGCUGUGCGAGCUACACUAAGAGGGUGGAAGUUGCUAUAUAUCGAUGACCUCAAGGUAAAAAGUGAGUUACCUUGCUCCUUCAACGCCUUGCGUAGCCAGCAACAUCGAUGGACUUGUGGCCCUGCCAAUCUAUUCCGGAAAAUGGCUGGACAAAUACUAAGAAACGAGAAUGUUUCUGUAUGGAAGAAGUUGUAUAUGUUGUACAGCUUCUUCUUCAUCCGGAAGAUCGUGGCUCACGUCCUCACAUUCUGCUUCUACUGUGUUAUCUUGCCAGCAACUGUUUUGUUCCCAGAAGUCACAGUUCCGAAAUGGGCUGCGUUUUAUCUUCCUUCUUUGAUCACUCUCUUUAUCGCAAUCGGUAGACUAAGGUGUCCUCUUUUACUCUUUCUAUAUAACCUAUCGUCUUUCCUCUCUCUUGUUGCAUUAUUAAUCCUUUAUGUUAACAGAUCAAUCCACCUAUUGGCAUUUUGGGUUCUGUUCGAGAAUUCAAUGUCCCUGGUUCGAACAAAGGCUCUGGUCAUGGGGCUGUUAGAAACAGGUAGAGUACAAGAAUGGGUUGUGACAGAGAAAUCAGGUGAUGCUCUCAAGACGAAGCUGAUUCCACAAGUACCUAACGUCAGAUUCAGAGAGAGGGUGCACUUGCUGGAGCUACUGGUUGGAGCUUACCUGUUGUCCUGCGGAAUCUACGACAUCAUCUACGGGAAGAACACACUAUAUGUGUACCUUCUAUUUCAGUCAUUAGCCUUCUUCGUUGUUGGUUUUGGUUAUGUUGGCAAAUAUGUUCCUGCUUCCUCCUCUUAACACAGAUAGGAACCAAAGAGUCACUCUCAAUAUGUUUUAGAAAUUUUUUUGUUGAUAUCAUAUUGAGAACAAAGCCUAUAUAUAUGUUACUAGGCCAAUAUGGACAAAAUAUGUCACUUGCGUUUCUUUUUGUUGUUGUAAAGAACGAAGCUCAAAUGUGACCAAUACAUAUGCCCCUCAAAAUAUUUGUUUGAGUCGUGGCUUCAUAA